GUAAAAAGCUCUGCAAUAUCUUUAAAAUAUGAUAAUCAUCCCUCGGGCAAUCAAUAAUUCCCUGCAGAAAGAGACGGGAAUCAAGUUGGCAUCCGCAYCAAAGGUCGAUUCUACGAAUGGGGAUUAAAGAUCACUAACCAUCAAACAGAAUUUAUUAGAGUAUCAAGAAGUCUAAAGCACACAUCGUUCCCGCCAUAAAACACUCACCUGCGCCUUGUAAGCGAGACAAACCUUAGUAACAUCACUUCAAAAAGUAUGAAGAAUCUCAUGGUAUUGUUCCUAUGGCUAGUUUUAUUCAUUUCAGCUAUCAAUUGUUUAAACUCAACAACGAACAGCCUUGUAUUUCCUACAGAUGACGGCAAAACCGAGACUGUCGACGUUUAUAAUUCCCAGCAAGAUGAUGAUGAGCUGCGACUGGUCAAAGAUCUAUUUGAGAGUGGUUACGAUAAAAAUGUCAGACCAGUCUCAGAUAAAAAUCUACCAGUCGAAGUAAAGUUUGGCAUAGCAUAUACGCAGAUUGUAGACUUGAUCGAGAAAGACCAAGUCCUAGAGAGCAACAUAUGGGUUAGAAUGAGCUGGAAAAAUCAUCUUUUACGAUGGAAUGCUACAGCAUAUGGCGGUAUUAAAGCAAUCAACAUUACACCCUUAAAGAUGUGGCUACCGGACAUAGUGCUGCACAACAAUGCCGAGGAGAAUUUGCCCAGCGGUACUCUCUAUCAGUUCAAGACUAAGGUGAUGUUAACGAGUGAUGGCAAAUGUACGUGGUACGCGCCCACGAUACUUCGCAGCGGUUGUAACAUCGAUAUUACGUACUUCCCGUUCGAUGACCAGCUUUGUGAGCUCAAGUUUGGUUCKUGGACGUUUAACGGCUUUCAAGUGAAUAUCGUYCAGAUGAGAGAAGACGCUGAUCUGGGUUUUUAYAUGGAGAGUUCUGAGUUUAAACUCAUCUCGGCUAAGGCUAAGCGAAACGUCGUCAAAUACAGUUGCUGCCCUGAGCCAUAUCCUGAUAUCACGUUCUACAUUCAUCUUCGUCGCGAUCCUGUAUUUUAUCUCUUCAACGUCAUCAUACCCUGUAUGGUACUGACCAUGCUCAGUGUUAUGACCUUCAUGCUCCCCCCUGAAUUUGGCGAGAGAAUCACACUAGUGAUUGAAUCGUUCUUUGCAAUGGCAGUGAUUUUACUCAACAUAUCUGACUCGAUCCCCGUCACCUCUGAUGCCACGCCUAUCCUGAUGCAUCUUCUGAUGAGUGCUAUGUUUCUAAUUGGAGGGUGCCUUGUGGCUAAUGCCAUUGCYUUAAACUUGUACAAGACCUGUGAGGUUCCAGAAUGGGUACGUGUAGUGAUACUUCAUUAUCUCAGCCGYUGUCUGUUCAUGGGAUCYAAAGCGUCAACGGACGACGUGGAGUUUCCAGCCAAUAAUGAGGUCAAAGUAGAAGAUCUUCGAUCGAAACAGCAAAAGCUUGCAGGUACAAAGCUAUACCAUGGUCCACUUUACAGCCCACUCCAAGGAUCUCCUAAAUUAACACAUAACCUUGAUGGUCUUGGUCGUAAAAGACCCUUGUACGCGGACCCCCUGGAUUCCUACAUGUUCUCAAGAAUUGCUGAUGGAUUUACUGCUCUUGCUCAGCAGUCUGAUCGAGAAGAUGAGRGCGACAUMGAUMGGGAGUUUUGGUCAUAUGUGUGUAUGGUUGUUGAUCGUAUCUUUUUUAUUGUGUUCUUUUUUAUGUUUACUGGGUCGUAUGUUAAAGUAUUUAGUGAGGUGCCUUCACAUUAUGAUUUCCCGCUGUAGAACSGUCUACAGUUUAAUUCAUUUGAAUCCAAUGGAAUUCAUCGUGUGAGGCUGCCUUGGCAUAGGGACCAAGAUAUKUAGACAMAUUUUCCUUCUGUCUUAUCCAUUCUGUUCUUUUCUUUCGAAUUCGUUUCUCAUUUUUCACUUAAUCUACUUGUUACCUUUCUUUUCUUUCCUGUUCUCUUUUCCAUUCUGUGUCAUUUUUUCUGUCUUAAUUUUCUUCCUUGUUUUCAUUCAUCUUUGCUUGUUUUCCCUUUUAUUUCCCUGCAUUCGUUCCUUUGUUUUCUUUGUUCUUCACAUUGGUCCAUAAAGAGUCAUUUACUUUGAAGAAUUAGGAAAUAUUUGCAUGAGAUAUUAUUUUAACUCGACCCUAUAUACGGGUUGUUCGGMGUCUGCUGAUAAAUAUGAACGAACGAGUUAGUACAACCCACAUUUAAUGAAAGCCGAUAACCCGUGAAACAAAGGUGACUUGAGUAGAUAUUAGAUUAUUACUCUGAGUAGUCCACUUUUGAUUUUGUUUCACGGGUUGAGGUCUUCRUGCUUCUUGUAACCACCACAGUGAUUUUCCGUCGUCUUUUAAAGAAAAAACAACCAAGAUAAGAGGUAGCAGUAGACACUCUUUUGCUCUUAGUCAAACAGGGCAAAAUGGAUAGAUUGUUUUUUACUGAACUGUGAAAUAGACAAUAAAAUCUUCAGGUUUUCUUAGUUAGAAUACGACUAUUCGGAAACACUUACUAUUAGUAAUUGAUUCGCGGUUCAGUAAAAGCACCCUAGACGACUGAAAAUCACUCUAAUAUAACUUAGGUAUAACAGAAUGAGGCCCCUUAACCCCUAAAUAUUUAUUCGACUGGUAUUUGUCUUACUGGUCGUUAUAUAGAGUGAAGUCAAAAACCCGUGAAAUAGAUAUUACAAUAAUACACCUAAGGCGUUCUGAUUGAAUUUUUUGCAUUGUUCUAUCAAAGUGAAAUAGUUAAAUUUUGUUUCACGGGUUAAUGACUUCACUCUACACUACACGUACUUACUCCGUGAAACAAGAAUUACUGCUCUAUAUGUUGUUGAUUUGACAAUGGAGAACAAAGGAAUUACCAUAAUUUAGCGCCUAUCUACUAGCGCCUAUAAACUAUUUAUGUUUCACGGAUUUAGGCUCGUGUACAUAGUCAUUUUUAUUAAGAAAUGAAAACAAACAAUCGUUUCCGUGUGCAUAAAUAUCAAUAGAGUAUUGUUCUGACUAUUUGACUAUUACGUCUUGACUGAAUUCGUUUCACAGGUUUAUGUCCACUCAGUAUUAGUUUACGUAAGAUUUAAGUACAUGCACUUAAUCCGUGAAACGAAUUGCUGUACACUACUAAAUAGUGUGAUUAGACAAUAAGAAAAAAACAAGAUAUUAGCAUAAUUUAGAACCAAUUAUACUGUUCAUGCUUCACGGGUUAAGUACGUGCACUUAUAGACUGUACAUUACGUAUUACGUUACGUAUUACGCUGGGCAUUAUGAAGCCUUGUCACGUGCUCGUUCGCGAAUCUCAUGCUUUGAUUCAAGUAAAGUUUCUUUAUCUUCAAAA